CAGCUCAACUCAUACAAGCAUGACAGGCAGCCCAAGCUCCAGCGACGACGGACCGCGGCGCGAGUCCGAGUCGACGGCCGUCGAGCCACAGCGCCCCAAGCUGCCGUGGUAUCUCAACACGCGCACGUUGGUGUCGCAUUUGUUCUUCGGGCCGUACAUCUACGUGCCGCUCAUCACAGCCCUUGUGUGGCUCGCCGGCCUGCUCGCGCUCAUCAGCGUGUGGGCGCGCGACGGCAAGCCAAAGUAUGCGCUCAAGGAGGCGUCCAUCGUCUACGUCUCAAACGUCGCCGGCAAGCACAAGGCAAUCUUCAUCCCAAUCACCUGCGUCACUGCCGUCGGCUUCGUCCUCUCGCUCGUGCUCGAGCGCUGGCUGCGCCGCGUCGACCGCCUGCCGACCGACAUCCGCAAGCGCGAGAAGAUCCUGAACUGGCUCGCCAUCCUGUGCGCGACGAUCGGCGGCAUCGCCCUCAUCCUGCUCGCUAUCUUCGACAACUUCAACCACAGCUCGGUGCACUGGUCCAUGGCGGCCAUCUUCAUCGUGCUCACCUCGCUCUCGGCCAUCCUCCAGACGGGGCAGGUAUGGUCGCUGCACAAGGACCACCCGGACCGCAAGUCGCUGCUGCGCAACUCGAUCAUCAAGCUCAUCAUCCUCUUCUUCGGCGUGGCGGGCGCGAUCGCCUUCGCGGCCCUCUACGGCGUGUGCCACGGCUCGUCGCUGCCCCGCAAGAAGCACUCGGCAAAGACGUGUAACCGCGUCACGUCUGGCGCAGCAGCCAUGGAGUGGGCGAUUGCCUUCAUCCUCGUCUUCUUCUUCCUCACGCUCGUCGCCGACCUGUGGCCCGCCGGCAAGAGCUCGCCGCGCUACAUGCGCCAGCUGGCGCGCUGGCAGGAGAAGCACGAGCCCGGCACCGCGCACGACUUUACCGGUCGCCGUGCGUUCACUGCCCACCCCGAGCGCUGGGAGAACGACGGUGAUGCCGUCGACCCCGUCGAGGCCCGCGCCGACGAGAUGCACGCGGCCAUGAAGGCGCGCAACCAGGGCAUCGACCCUACCGCGCCGAGCCCCGCACACUUCCCCCCGCCGACGAUCCCCCUCUCGAGCAUUGCUAUCCACUCCAAUGAGCCGCUCAACGAGCACGCCGCCGAGCCCGGACAGUCUAGAGUGUAGCGAUAGAGUACGUAGCCUAGUUAUACUCACACAUACAUGC